CUCAUAAAUGGGUUCUCUCUUCUGAGAAGUGUGUUGAGAAUACUUUUUUUAAACAUUAUGAGCGACUGCCAGUUGAAUCACUUCUACAUUCAUGGGUUAUUGAUCUUGAUGAUCAGAAAGUGAAGUCAUUAUUUACAACUGAAGAAUGGAAUGAAAUCUAUCUCAAUGAUAUGAUUGGAAUAGAAACCGUAAGAAAAAAAUCAUCAAGUGUAGCAGUAGCCACGAGGAAAAACAGAAAGAGAGUAUGUAUGCAUUACAAAAAGCCAGAACGUAGAAGAAUGGGUUAUCAAAUAGAUAGAAUAUUUUGGAUGUACAUUGGUGACGUUGAGUAUGGAGUAAUUGAAGUGGGCAAAAAGUUUGAUGAAACAAAACUAUUGAAUGACAGGUUUAAACUGGUGAAGACUAUGCACGAUAUCUUCAUAUAUCUAAGUAAAGAAGCCUAUUUUGAAGAAACAAAAGUAAGGCAACUUCAAGUCACUGACAUGCUUCAUAUAGAAAAUGAUCAUGGAGUGCAUAGAGAUAGUGAAUACAAGAACCUAAGAUCAAGCAGAUUUUUGCGAGAAAUAAUGGACACAGAUACUCCACCAAUUACAAUUGUUAUUCCAUGGUCUAUUGAUAUGAAAUGA